CAAAGAUGUGUAAUCAUAAUUUCACAAGUUAAACAUUUUACAAAAUCAAAUCUACAUCUUUCACAUUUUGACUUGAUAUAAAUUAUUAUCAUGAGAAGUAUAUAGGAAUGAUAUUUUCAUUCUUGAAGAUAGAAAAAACAAAGCAUUCUUCUUUUGAAUGAAUCUCUUUGAGGAAGGGUGAAUCAAGAAUAUGGCUGGUGGGACUUUUACAACAAGUAAUGUGGACAACGAAAGGGCAGAGCUUUAUAAAGGGAGGGUCACUCCCUAUGUUAUCAUUGCAUGCAUUGUUGCUGCUACAGGAGGAUCACUUUUUGGCUAUGAUGUUGGAAUUUCAGGUGGGGUGACUUCCAUGGAUGACUUCCUUAAAGAAUUCUUCCCUGCAGUAUACAUUCAAAAACAGCAUGCACAUGAAAACAAUUACUGCAAGUACGACAACCAGGGCCUUGCGGCAUUUACCUCUUCUUUAUACAUUGCUGGUUUAGUCGCAUCCCUGUUUGCAUCUACCAUUACAAGGACAUAUGGACGUCGGGCAAGUAUCAUCAUUGGUGGUAUUAGCUUUCUAAUUGGAUCAGCUGUGAAUGCUUCAGCUAUUAACCUCUCAAUGUUGAUCUUUGGCCGUAUUAUGCUCGGCAUUGGCAUUGGAUUUGGAAAUCAGGCAAUUCCGCUUUAUUUGUCAGAGAUGGCACCGACCCACCUGCGAGGAGGAUUGAACAUGAUGUUUCAAGUGGCAACAACUUUUGGGAUUUUCAUAGCCAAUAUGGUGAAUUUUGGAACACAAAGGAUUAAACCGUGGGGAUGGAGAUUAUCCCUAGGCUUGGCUGCAAUACCGGCUCUUUUGAUGACGAUAGGAGGAAUAUUUCUUCCUGAUACUCCAAACAGCUUAAUACAGCGAGGAUCACAAGAAAAAGGAAGAAAGCUCCUAGAGAAAAUUAGAGGAACUAGCGAUGUUGAUGCAGAGCUUGAAGAUAUGGUUGAAGCAAGCGAAUUGGCGAACUCAAUAAAGCACCCAUUUCGUAACAUACUUAAAAGAAAGUAUAGGCCAGAGUUGGUGAUGGCAAUUGUCAUGCCAACUUCACAAAUCUUAACUGGCAUAAAUGCCAUUCUCUUCUAUGCUCCAGUACUGUUUCAAAGCAUGGGCUUUGGGGGAGACGCUUCACUCUACUCCUCGGCUUUGACGGGUGGCGUUCUUGCUUGCUCAACAUUUAUUUCCAUUGCAACAGUUGAUAAGCUAGGAAGGAGAAUUCUUCUUAUCAGUGGGGGAAUACAAAUGAUCAUAUGUCAGGUUAUAGUUGCAAUAAUUCUUGGAGUCAAGUUUGGGGAUAACCAGGAACUAUCCAAAGGCUAUUCAAUAUUGGUUGUAGUUGUGGUUUGCCUAUUUGUUGUAGCGUUCGGAUGGUCAUGGGGUCCUCUUGGUUGGACAAUUCCAAGUGAGAUAUUUCCAUUAGAAAUCCGUUCAGCAGGGCAAAGUAUCACAGUAUUUGUAAACCUUUUUUUCACUUUCAUAAUUGCUCAAGUAUUUCUUGCUCUUCUCUGCUCAUUCAAGUUUGGGAUCUUUCUCUUUUUUGCUGGCUGGAUUACCCUAAUGACCAUAUUUGUUAUUCUGUUCUUGCCUGAAACCAAAGGUAUUCCCAUUGAAGAGAUGACAUUUAUGUGGAGGAAGCAUUGGUUCUGGAAAUUGAUAUUGCCUGAAAACACAUCACAAUAAUGCAAAGAAAUUAACAUGUAUGUAUGUGUGUUUGUAUGUGUUAAAAAUGAGAAUAUUGAGUGAGAUAAAUUGUAAUUGUUAUAGUUAAAGAAUAUACCAUUUUUCUUUAGAAUAUAUGUGGGAGCUUCUAUGAUGAAGUCGGGUAAAUGACUUCUUCGGUGAAGUCGUUUGAAUGGACCAAUCAGAUUUCAAGCCAUGACACGUCAGAUGUUAGGACAAAUUAUAAUAUGGAUCACUUGCUUCAUAUGUUCCACCGUGGACAAGUUUAUUUCAAGAUCUUAACGGUUAGGUUUACUUGGUGUCUAUGUUAUUGUGGUACACCCUUUACACAUGAUUUUUCUUAUAAUUCCAAAUCUCUUUCCUCUUUA